AUGUCAGUUUGCAAUGCCUCUCUUGUUGCUGUGCGUAAAGAUGCUUCGAACGUGUAUAUGUUUCGAAGAAGCGAGAGCUCUGAUGACGAUGAUAAGAGGCUGAAAAGAAGAGAGAAAAACAGAGUUGCUGCGCAGAGGAGCCGCAAAAGACAAACGCAGCGCGCAGAUGAGUUGCACGAGGCCUAUGAGUGCCUGGAACAGGAGAACAGCUCCCUGAGGAAGGAGGUUCAACUCCUGAUAGAAGAACAAAGACUCCUCACCGAGGCCCUCAAAGCCCACGAGCCCCUGUGUCCAGUCCUGAACUGUUCCAUUAACACAGCACACAGAGCCAAAGAGAGCUCCUUGCCUCCAGGCUCUGUGUCUAGGUAG